GUGCUGCUUGUUUUGUGAACGGAACCAAGUCUUCUUGCUCCUUAAUUUGUUGGCCUUUUCUCUCUCCUUUCACAUUCGCAUGCAGCCUUCCCAUGACCUCAGGCAUCAGGCUUCUGCACUGGGGAGGGGACCCCAGGCCUGCAGGUGACCCCACCUCUUUGAGCUGUCAUUGCAGCUUCUCUGCUGUGCUGGUCUAGUCUUUCGGUAUUAGCAGUGGCCAGUGUCCACCUUCAAUCCCAGAAGCCUUCAGUGUUUAAGGUCGAUCAGAUGUGUACUCAUCUAGAUGAGGUUAGAUAAGGUGUUUGGGGUUGUCUGUUUGUCUGUUUGAGUCAACCCUCUGACAGGCCCCAAGCUUGCUGUGUGGCCAAAGGCGGCUUAGACUCCUGAUCUUCCUGCCCCCACCUCCCAGGAGCUGGAUUAUAGGCUUGUGCUCUGUUUUCUGUUUAGUUUCUGGUGCUGAGGAGUUAAUCCAGGGCUUGAUGUGUGUCAGCUUGCACCGUCUCUUCCGUUACAAGAAGACUUCGUUUACCACUGGAAGGCAAUUACCCACUACUACAUAGAAACGUCAGAUGAUAAGGCCCCAGUGACGGAUACCAACAUCCCAUCCCACCUGGACCAGAUGUUGGACAUACUGGUCCAAGAAGAAAACGAGCGGGAAUCUGGAGAGACGGGGCCAUGCAUGGAGUACCUGCUCCAUCACAAGAUCCUGGAGACAUUGUACACCCUGGGGAAAGCUGACUGUCCUCCAGGAAUGAAGCAGCAGGUUUUAGUGUUCUACACCAAGCUCCUGGGAAGAAUCCGACAGCCCCUGCUUCCACACAUCAAUGUGCACAGGCCUGUGCAGAAAUUAAUUCGACUCUGUGGUGAGGUCCUUGCAACACCGACGGAAAAUGAAGAGAUCCAGUUUCUCUGCAUCGUGUGUGCGAAGCUGAAACAGGACCCCUACUUGGUUAACUUUUUUCUGGAGAACAAGUCGAGGUCACUGAUGUCCAGAGCAGCCCCGGGCGCUGCCUCGGAAGAGGAGCCUCGAGGCCAGGGCGCUGAGUCAGCGGAGCCCAGCCAGCAGCCCGGGGCCACGGGCGCGGCCGGGGGGCGCUCGGGGUGUGAGGACGAGCCCCCGGCCGACGAGCUGUCCGCCAGCCUGGACGACCUCAGCCUGGGCCCCGCUCGGUCGAACCACGACUACAAUCUCGUGACCUCCCUGCUGAACCUGACGAGGAGUCCCGACGGCCGCAUAGCCGUGAAGGCGUGCGAGGGACUGAUGCUGCUGGUGAGCCUGCCGGAGCCCGCGGCUGCCAGGUGCCUGGCGCAGAGCAGCUGCCUGUGCGAGCUGCUCACGGGCCGCCUCACCGCCCUGUACCAGGCGCUGCCCGCGUCCGUGGACCCGCUAGACAUCGAGACGGUGGAGGCCGUCAACUGGGGGUUGGACUCAUACAGUCAUAAGGAGGAUGCGUCCGCUUUCCCGGGGAAGCGAGCUUUAAUUUCCUUUCUUUCCUGGUUUGAUUACUGUGACCAGCUCAUCAAGGAGGCACAAAAGACGGCCGCUGUUGCUCUCGCCAAGGCCAUCCAUGAGAGGUUCUUCACAGGAGUCAUGGAGCCCCAGCUAAUGCAGACGUCGGAGAUAGGGAUUCUGACGUCAACGGCCCUGCUGCACCGCAUCGUGCGGCAGGUGACCUCGGACGUCCUGCUCCAGGAAAUGGUGGUCUUCAUCCUUGGAGAGCAGAGGGAGCCAGAGACUCUGUCAGAAAUCAGCAGACACCCCCUGAGGCACAGGUUAAUCGAGCACUGCGACCACAUAUCUGAUGAGAUAAGCAUAAUGACCCUGAGGAUGUUUGAGCAUCUUCUACAAAAACCCAACGAGCACAUUCUUUACAACUUGGUCCUAAGGAAUCUUGAAGAAAGAAACUAUACGGAGAACAAACCGCUGUGCCCGGAAGACAAGGACGUGGUGGAGAACGGGCUGAUAGCAGGAGCCGUAGAUCUGGAGGAAGAUCCAUUAUUUACUGACAUUUCACCAGAUAACACUCUGCCAAGCCAAGAGUGGGUCAGCUCACCCCAUGCCAGCCCAGACCACCCCAAAAAUGAUGGCAAGACGGAGGUCCACAAAAUCGUCAACAGUUUCCUCUGUCUGGUGCCAGAUGAAGCAAAGUCAUCCUACCAUGUUGAGGGCACUGGUUAUGACACCUACCUCCGAGACGCUCACAGGCAGUUCCGGGACUACUGUGCUAUCUGCUUACGAUGGGAGUGGCCUGGAGCCCCGAAACCUCUGGAAAAGUGUGAUUUAGAUGCAGCCUUCUUUGAAGGACAUUUUCUAAAAGUUUUAUUUGACAGAAUGGGAAGAAUUCUUGACCAGCCCUACGAUGUGAAUCUGCAGGUGACCUCCGUACUGUCCAGGCUUUCCCUCUUCCCUCAUCCACACACACAUGAGUACCUUCUGGACCCCUACGUCAACCUGGCCCCUGGCUGCAGAUCGCUGUUCUCCGUGACUGUCAGGGUCGUUGGCGACCUCAUGGUUCGGAUUCAGCGCAUUCAGGACUUUACCCCCAAGCUUCUCCUCGUCAGGAAGCGGCUGCUUGGCCUGGAGCCGGAAGGCCCGAUUGUUGACCACAUCACCUUGCUGGAGGGCGUGAUUGUGUUAGAGGAGUUCUGCAAGGAGCUGGCGGCCAUUGCGUUUGUGAAGUACCACGCUUCUGCCACGCCGUGAGUCCCUGUGACAUCACCCGCUCAGCCAGGAGAGGGCAGGAAGCCCCGUGAGUGUCGCCUGACCUGGACAGCACGCUUAGAGCCCACUCGUGAUGGCGCUCGGCGGGGCUGGUGCUGCUUCCACCGGCUCUGCCAUCUCCAUUCUCUGUGUUUGCACGUUGCUGAAACCCGGGAAACAAGCGGAUGAGCUCAACUUAGCAGCCUGUGACUGAGAAGCCGCAGAUGUCUCAUUUAGGACUGGCUGUGUUCCUGUUAUUUUAAUAUCCUUUUAGGCAGCAAGGCAUUCUGACAUUCUCUGGGACUCAAGUGCUUACAUUCUUUUGUAUUAAUAAGCAGCAAAAAAAAUAACUAAUUUUAUAACUUUUAAGGUUAAGAUUCUUAUCAUACAAAAUGUUUAGGAAAACUGUAAAUGAGAAAAAAUGUAGUUGAGGAAACAUGGGAAGCAUGUCUAGGAGAUGAGAACAUGGAGAGCACCAUCGACCUCCUCAGCUUUUGUAAGAAUAACAAUUUACUAUGACAAAAAAGUUCUUAAUUAAUAUAUUAUAUAUAUUUUUAAAGAAAUGUUCUUUUACUCUCCUGUGCACAUAGCCAUGUUCGUGGUUGGUUUUCACGUGUGGCUCCCAGUUAAUUUAAACUGUCGUUUUUGCCACAGCAUCGGAUUCAUGUUCAUCCUUGAUAGUGUUUGCUAAAAUAGCAUUUUUUAAUCUAAUUAACAUGCUGGUGGAGCCCCACCCCCAGCUCCCUCUGAAGUUGCAUCAUGAGCUUGCUUCCUUCCUGAAGUGAGGGCUAGUGUUCGUGGGGCCUGCCGAGAAGCAGCAGCCAGGGUGCCGAGGGCCUCUCGGUGUUUACAUUUGCUUUUCAUUUGUUCAGUCCUCUGUCCUAAGUGAUUCUAAAGAUAUAUGUAUUUUGGGUCUCUUCCUGUUCAGUUUACACCUUGCUUAGGGAGACAGUGUGAGUGAGUGCUUGGAGGCAGGAUGGCUGGGUAGCCAGGUGCAGGGAAUUGCUGUGGGACACUGCUUGUCCCCUUGUCUUCUGGUCUUCAGGUGACUGAGCUGGUCCCUCGUACGUGGCUCCGAAGCCCAUGUCCUUGUUGAAGUGCUAGAUAGCAGGCCCUGGGGUGUGUCACAGCACGCUUGACAUGUGGCUUGGUCCGUUUUACUAGUGUUUCUGACUCCUUUUAUAGUUCAGUUUUGCUACUUAGGAACAAAAUAGCAAAAGAUUAAGAAGAGCCCCAGUCCCAGGCUGCUCAUCGCUGACAGCGCAACUACUGUGUGUCUCUAACACGAUGCAGAUCUUUCCUUGCUCAUUCAGGAAAUCCAUUAAGUAAAGCCGAGAGGUUGAGAGUGAGAAACAGUGCUUCCCUACAUGGCUUCCCUCCCAUGGUUUUGAGUGGUGAGAAGUCACGGCCGUAUUGAAGUGGAGAAGUGGCUCCUUUGGUUGUAUUUAUUGACUGGCCUGUGCGAGAGUCGCCACAUCACCUCAUUCUGAGAUGUUGCUACAGUCUGCAUUGAUGAAGGUGUGUUUGAAGUGAGGCAUUGAGAGUGUCAGGCAGUUCUUACUGUUCCCGUCAUGCCCUGGGGCUGUGGGGCACUGAGGUGCCCCCCCGGCCAAAUACUGGUCCUUCACAGCUGGCCUGAUGCUGGCCCCUCGGAUGGGCGUGCGAAGCUUUAACUGUGUGUUUGCUGCUUCUGAAGAUAGUUUUCCUAAGCUGACGGCCUUGGCCUGUACCCAGCUCUGCUUAACCUGCUUCUCUUCUGAGCUUAAUUUCUCCUUCACAUUUAGUUCAGACCCAGAGUCAGCACAAGUCACGAACUGACUUUGAGUCGGUUUGUUCAGGGAGCCAUGUGCCACUUCCCAGGCUAUUCCCAGUCUGAGAGCCCGGCGCAGACUGUGGCCACCCCGCCGGCGGCCACGGUGAGCUCCAGACUGAAUUCUAGCCCUCCUCCUGUUUGUAUAAAUAAGAAGUGCGAAUGCACAUCUGUUCCUUUUACUUUCUAACCGUGUUGUCUUCGGGUUUAUUUUCAGUAAUGAGCCAUUCUUCACUUGACAGACCAGGUUUGUCGUCGGCAGUUUCUGUUGUAGUGCUCGCAUCACAACUAUGUAAUGUUCCCAUAGUGUACCUGUGCAAUAUGAAGCUGUGAGUGGACUCACAGCUCUGGGCUUGACUGUACACUGUUGUGUGUACACGUGCGUGUAUAAAUGUGUGUAUAUGUGUGUGUGUAUAUAUAUAUACAUAUAUAUAUAUGAAAGGACCAAAAUCCUUGGCUUGCUUACACUGUUGCUAGUGUAAAGGUUGUUACAUUUAAUUUUACAGGGCACAAAUUAUAGAAAGACGUCAUGCUUUUCACGGUAAUACGGCCAUGACUUACUACAGUACUCUGCAGUUACCAUUUAGUUGUGAAGUUCACCAUGUAACAGAAGACGUUAUGGUGAAAUGCCAAAUCCACAAACUAUGUGGUAAUUUUACCUUUUGGAUUGUACAAUAAAGUAAAAUCUGCAUGUCAUUGUGACCCUUGCUGUGUGGGACAGAGUCCUGCUUCUGGCCCUGUGAAACUGUCACUGACACUGUUUACAUUAAACAGGAUAUUUGGCAGAUCUUCCUGUGAGCGCCGUGUGGGUCUCCAGAAGUGUCGUGAAGGUCUGGGGCCCCGGGCCACACGUGGAGACGCUCCUCAGGUGACUGCUGCCUGCUGUCCCCUCCAGGCAGAUGGGAACACUGCAUGCCAGCAGUGCAUGCGGGACUGAGAGCGAAAUGAAGAAAAUAAAUCAGUGUAAUAUGAACAAAA